AUGACUGAGAACAUAACAAAUGACUUUGGAAGUUCGGAAGGAAGCACGGUAGUACCCAUUGAAGAAACAUCCGGCGUAAUGCUUAAUCCACAGGAGGAAAAGGUUUUAAAUGAACAAAUUUGGGUUAAUGAAAAAAAAGAAUCUUAUUUAACUUUAUAUCGCUAUGCUACAAAAUUUGAUUGGUUCAUUAUGUUUAUUGGAUUAUUAUUUUCAGCGGGUGGAGGCGUUGCUAUGCCUCUAACAACAGUUAUAUUUGGGAAAAUGAUCGAUUUUUUUACUCGUUAUCAACUUCACACGAUAAGCACCGAUGAAUUUUCAGAUCAAAUAAAUUAUUUUUCAUUAAUUUUCGUAUACCUUGCAAUUUCCAUUUUCUUUGCUACUUAUCUUUCUAUUUCUACUUGGGUAUAUACUGGUGAAAG